AUAAAUACGAUACGAACAGAAAUCAGUAGUCUAUCAGUCCACACCUUCGCACAAAUAAACUCCACACCUUCCAGUUCGGGAAUUUGUCAACCUUCUCAAAAUGAAGACAUUGUUCGGAAUUUUUGCUACUUUUGCAGUUAUGGCCGCAGUAUCAGCAUACGAAAUUGUUGGAGGCAGUAAAAUCGUUGAUCCUGUCGAAUUUGUGGGAAUCUCAGGGUCCAAAAUUUACCUAAGAGAUCAAAGCAUCAGUGGAAUGGAUUUUGCUGGAUAUGUAGACUUUUGUCAGAAGAAUGGAUUAAGAACUGCAAGCAUUUUAUCAGCCGCAGAACACGAAGUUGUCCGAUCAUACAUAAAUGCAAAUAACUUCCGAAAUAUGUGGAUAGGAGCUUGGGACAUUAAUCAUGAGGGGAUUUAUACCUGGAUUGAGACAGAGAAAGAGAUGGAAUACUCUGACUGGGGUCGAGACUGGAUUAUUGGACACGAUCGACCAACCUAUAAUUGUGCCUUUAUCGGAUCAAGGUCCGGUGGGGCUAAAUUUUAUGACUCGCCUUGCACUACUUCGUGGUUUGUGCCGCUUUGCGAAGCAAGAUUAGUAGUGUAACAUGAAUUGUGUCCUUCAAUCCUGUAAAGUAUUAUUGUAAAUGUGCAUGUCCAUAAGUAGCUAAUAAAUCAAUAAUUAUAAAUAGUUGAAA